GAGAGAGAGAGAGAGAGAGAGAGAGAGAGAGAGAGAGAGAUGUGUUUAUUUUAUGCCACAAACUUAGAACAUACAUGUAAUUAAUUGUAUUUAGAUGAAAUUGUGGCUUGUGAAUUGAGUUCCCACAAACAAGUCACUCAAUCCCUUUGCUUAAUUCCAAAACAGAGAGAUUUCUCAGAGAGACAAACAGAGCUUUCUUCUCAGCUUCAAGAAUAUAAUAACCUCUUCUUGUUAUUGUUUUCCAGGGGGUUUCUAUCAAACACUGUGAACUCCUUUGGUUGUAGAGAUUUUGAGGAUGGGGGAACACUUUGUAUUGUUGGUGGAUCGAUUAAUCACCGAAUCCACGUUAGAAGCUGCAAUUGAGAGCAGGAACCGGUCGAUGCAAGCCACAUCCUCAGCAAUCGACAAAGCGAAAAUUGAUGGCUGUUGCCAGAAAAUAAUAGAUGUUAAGGAUAUAUCACCCUUAACUGGGAAGCUAGUAGAAUGCAGAAUAUGCCAAGACGAGGAUCAAGAUUCAAACAUGGAGACACCCUGCUCUUGCUGUGGCAGCUUAAAGUAUGCGCACCGCAGAUGUGUACAGAGGUGGUGCAAUGAGAAAGGUGACACAGUGUGUGAGAUAUGCCACCAGCAAUUCAAACCUGGUUAUACAGCUCCUCCUCCACUGUUUCAAUUCGGGCGUAUACCAAUGAACUUCAGGGGAAACUGGGAGAUUUCGCAAAGGGACAGCCCGCGCAUUAUAGCAAUGGUUUCGACUGACCGUGCUUUCCUGAAUACUAAUCCUGACUACGAUGAGUAUUCAGCUUCUACUGCAAGAAAUGUGUUAUGCUGUCGUUCACUCGCUUUCAUCUUCAUGGUCCUGCUGAUUCUACGGCAUACGCUUCCUCUCAUAAUCAAUGGAAACAAAGAAUACUCUUUCCCACUCGUUAUGUUGUUGCUUUUACGAACUCUUGGGAUUGUGCUGCCAAUAUAUGUAAUUGUGAGGGCAGUAACUGCUAUUCAGCGCCGCCGAGGCCAUCAAGAACUUUCCACUUCCUCUGAUGAAGAAACAGAACCUUCAAUCCUUCAGCCUGAGCUUGAGCCCCAACCCCAUGUCAUUCGUGUUCACUAAAUUCAACAAUGGAAGUUUGGUCUCAUCAGCUCUUUGUUGGUAUAGUGGAAACUGUUGUAAAAUUGUGAGUUUCCAUAUUGUGGGCGUGUCUCGUCAUCGUAUGUACAGUUAGGGAAGUAUCCUACAGUAUAUAUACAUACAUAGAGAAAUUAUACUGAGAAAAAUAUCCAGUCAAGCAACCAGAGCUGACACAAAUGUAUGCCAAAAUGUAGAUAAUAAUACUCUAAUAGUUGCAUCA